UGGCACUGCACUGCAGACCCCGUAGCUGGUAGCAACGCCCUCUCGACGGCCCAGUCUUUCAGCACUUGCACCCAGCAUCAUCUACACUCCUACACCAUCCAAUUCUUCGGACCAGCACGGGGCCCAGUUAACAGCCGACACCCUGUGACAAUAGUCACCCGCCGAGACCACCACAAGACCGCCAUGGCUCCCAACUCCAGGAAAAGAGGACGGCAAGAUGCCGCCGCCACGACCAGCACACACGCCAAGUCCGCAAAGGGUCCCCGGCCGACAAAGAAGCAGAGGAAAGCGCACCAGUACCACAGCAGCUCCUCCGAAGACGAAGGCGGAGACAACGACAAUGACAACUUCGCCGCCGUCAACGUCAUGGACUCGGACAAUGACGAAGUCGAUCUCGACGCGGCCAUGGUGGAUAACCUCGAGGGCGUGUCUGCCAGCUCGGAUGACUCGGACUCGGACAUUGACCCAGAAGAAGCCGCUGCUGUGAUACGGAAGAACAAGGCCAAGGCCACCACUGCACCAAAGCCGAAAAAGACAAAGGCCGCGCGGGACGCGCCGAAGGAGUCGGACGAGGCGUCAUCAGACAACGACAGCGACGAAGGGUCAGACCAGGAUGACGAGUUUGACCUUGACAGCGAUGAGGAGGAAGGCGGUGCAUCUACGACUGGCGGCAAGAAGAAGCAGUCGAAGCGGAACGACCCGUCCGCCUUUGCGACCAGCAUCUCCAAGAUCUUGUCCACCAAGCUGUCAGUUAGCAAGCAGUCGGACCCGGUAUUGUCGCGGUCCAUUGACGCCAAGAAGUCCGCGCAAGAGGCCGUCGACACGGCGCUCGAGGCCAAAGCCCGGAGAAAGCUGCGCGAGCAGAAGAAGUUGGCCUCGGAGAAGGGCCGGGUCAAGGAUGUCCUGGUGGGAGCGACAGACGCCAAGACGGGCGACUCGCUCGAGAACACCGGCCAUAUUCAGCAGACGGAGCGCCGGCUGCGCAAGGUCGCGCAUCGCGGUGUGAUUAUGCUAUUCCGCGCCGUGAGGGAGGCGCAGGAGCGGGCCGUGGAGGCGGAGAAGGGGGCGCGCAAGGAGGGCAUCAUGGGCGUCCAGGGCCGGACUGAGAAGGUGAAUGAGAUGAGCCGGCAAGGGUUCUUGGACUUGAUUGCUGGUAGUGGAGGGAAGCUGAAGAAGGGUGGGCUGAAGGAGGCUUAGGCUGGGCGGCGGUUGACCCUCAGAGCAUGUAGCUGCACAUUCGCGGAAAUAGAAGAUACCCCU